UCUCCUGAGUGUCUUCCAUUUACAAAGCGAACCAGGUAUGCGUAAUCAAAACAGGAUUUGCGCAGCUAAACGCGGAAGGGGAAUAGCCAAUUCGUACGUAUUUUUUGUGUGAGAGAUGUCCGAGGGGAUGGGCCAGCUCCUCGGGAAACGCUGCCUCCGUUUAGCUUCUCGCUGGGGUUCGGGAGUUGUCCGGCGGAUGGCAGACACAAGCUACUGACUACGGCGUGACAAACCAAGGGAUCGUCUUGUUGGAGAAACCCGACGGAGUGUCCUCUACUGUGGAUAGAAAUAAUCAUGCCGAGCUCCACUGGAGGGACAUGAAAAAAGGAGCCACAAUCAGUGAACUGCCAAAGCCGACGACGUGUUGCAAUUAAGCAGAGAGGCGAUCCGCCAGCGGCUUGAACAGCACCGUGUAAUUAAUGACGCUGUCUGAUGGCAUGUAUCGGCUUUGCUUGACACCCGGUUGAUAACCGAGGAAGCUCUGAUUCUUUGAUGACUGCGGGUCCAUUCAUCUGCCAGCUGUAAUGACGUCUGUAUGGUUAUUAUAAUACUAUCGUUGAGACGUUUGAGGAUUCAUCAAACCCCCCCCAACCCUGAGCCGGUGUCGGGGAGAGCGGGGCUGAGGCGGGUCGGCAGUCGGAAGGAUAUGGGAGAGCGAGCGGAACCAAUGCAGUGGGUCUUAGCGAGGCAUCGUCAAAAUACAGGGCAGUGAUGCCUGGGAUGGUGAUGUUUCGGCGGCGCUGGUCAGUUGGCAGUGAUGACCUGGUGCUGCCCGCCCUCUUUCUUUUUCUAUUGCACUGCAUCUGGUUGGUGGUUCUGUCGGUGGUUCUGUUCGGGCUCCCCUACGGCUCAGACCAGUCCUGUUCUAUAACACUGGUGGACCAUGGCCGAGGGUACCUGGGCAUUCUGGUCAGCUGCCUGAUUUGUGAGAGCGCCAUCAUGUGGUUGAGCAUGAGAGGCAGCAUUCUCUAUACACAGCCCAGGGAAGCUAUGCAGUAUGUCAUCUAUAUACGGCUGGCUAUUCUGUUGGUCGAGCUAGUAUACGCCGUGGUGGGAAUUGCCUGGCUUGUCCAGUAUUACCAGCCAUGCUCUGAUGUCACUGCCAAAAACCUGGCUUUGGGAAUCGUUGCAUGCAACUGGCUAGUGAUAUUCAGCGUCUGCAUUACCCUCAUGUGCACCUUUGAUCCUACGGGCCGGACAUUUGUCAAACUGAAAGCCACCCGGCGGCGCCAGCGCAACCUAACAACGUACACACUCAGGCACAGGCUUGAGGAAGGCCAAGCCAGCAGCUGGAGCAGGAGACUAAAGUUCUUCAUGUGCUGCACAAGAGCCCAGGAUACACAAUCAGAUGCGUAUUCAGAAGUAGCCAGCCUUUUUGCAGAGUUCUUCAGAGACCUGGACAUUGUGCCUAGUGAUAUUAUUGCUGGCCUGGUACUUCUCCGCCAGCGCCAGAGGUCUAAAAGAUCUUCUAUUUUGGACCAGGCCAACAAUGAUAUUUUAGCCUUCCUAUCUGGAAUGCCUGUCACACGUAACACUAGAUACCUGGACCUUAAGAACUCGGCUGAGAUGAACAUGUACAAGGAUGUGUGCUAUUACAUGCUCUUUGCCCUUGCUGCAUAUGGUUGGCCCAUGUACCUGAUGAGGAAGCCUGCCUGUGGGCUGUGCCGCCUCGUCAGCUCCUGCCCCUGCACAUCAGGGUCUGGCUCUCGGUUGACUCAGGCAGUGACAGUGGAGGAGGACAAUUGUUGUGGUUGUAAUGUCCUCGCCAUACGCAGACACUUCCUGGACAGGGACCUCAAGCAGGUUCACAUUGUCUACACAUCCUGCCAUGAUGCUGUUUAUGAGACUCCGUUCUUUGUGGCGGUGGAUCAUGCGAAAAAGAAGGUUGUCAUCAGUAUCAGAGGAACCCUAUCGCCAAAGGAUGCCUUGACUGAUCUGACGGGGGAUUCUGAACGUUUGCCAGUGGAGGAGCAGCAUGGGACGUGGCUUGGUCACAAGGGGAUGGUUUACUCAGCAGAGUACAUUAAGAAGAAACUGGAACAGGAAAUGAUCUUGUCACAAGCCUUUGGAAGAGACUUGAGCAAGGGCACCAUGCACUAUGGACUGGUGAUAGUCGGGCAUUCUCUCGGUGCAGGCACUGCUGCUAUUCUCUCCUUCCUGCUGAGGCCUCAGUACCCCACACUUCACUGCUACUCUUAUUCCCCACCUGGUGGCCUUCUUAGUGAGGAUGCCAUGGAGUACUCCAAAGAGUUUGUCACCUCUGUGGUAUUAGGAAAAGACCUGGUACCAAGGCUUGGCCUGUCACAACUGGAGGGUUUCCGACGCCACCUUCUGGAAGUCUUACAGAAAAGUAACAAGCCAAAGUGGAGGAUCAUCGCGGGUGGCACCAAAUGCAUCCCGAAAUCAGAGCUUCCACUAGAGGAUGAUGAUCCUCAGUCUCAGCCAGCAGCGCCCCCCAGCAGUCGCUUGUGGCUCCACCCCAGUGACCUCAGCAUUGCCCUUUCAGCCUCAACCCCCCUCUACCCUCCUGGCAGAAUCAUCCACGUUGUGCACAACCAUCCCCCAGAGACAUGCUGUGGUCAGGAAGACCCAACCUACUCAGCUCUGUGGGGUGACAACAAGGCCUUUGAUGAGGUCAUCAUAUCACCUGCCAUGCUUAAUGAGCACAUGCCCCACAUGGUGAUGGAGGGCCUAAACAAGGUGCUGGAGAACUACAACAAAGGGAAAACAGCUUUGCUGUCAGCAGCAAAGAUCAUGGUGAGCCCAACAGAAGUGGACUUGAACCCAGAGAGUAUAUUCAUGGAUGCAUCAACAACGUCCCAUCAGCCAACGCCUACAACCCACCACCGCAGGAACAGUAGUGUUCGUUCGUGUGCCCAGUCUGAAAUAUCUCUGGAUGGUUUCUCUGAGUGCCCUCCUCCUCCAGUCCCUGUAGUGCUGCGUGGAGCACGGGAACGCCUUGCAGUGGAGCUGAGAGAACGCAAAGCACCGUUAGCUGUCAUGGAAAGUCUCUCAGAUGCCGAAUCCCUCUAUAGUCUGGAUUCCCGACGUUCCUCAGCUGCGUUAAGGGGUUCGCCAAUGCUGAGUUGCCUCCCAUUCCCUUUGGAUGCCCCAAUUCCAGAAGAGAACCCGUCUCUCAGCUCUCGCACUGAACUACUGGCUGCCGACUGCCUCUGCCAGGCUACGCCAGAGCACCUGGGUGAAGUUGGACCCUUCUUUACCCCACUGGAAUCCAUGUCCACCCCAGAUUAUCCAAUGCGUCUGUCCCCUGCCACACCACGCUUCAGUGGACAACAUUCCCCAGCUCUGCUUAAACAGAGCACCUUGGCUCAGCCUUUCAAGCCAGAGGCCAACGCCAACCCAAAUAUGCUUCCUGAUGGGGAUCACCAACAGAUACCUGAUGUCUACAGCCCAGGUAACACACCUAAUUCUCCCCUCAGUCCACAAAUUGGUUCUAGACCAAUGGAUGGUAAAAAGGAACAGUGGGAGAUGGACACAGAAGAGAAAGAGUUCAGUGCAGAGACCAGACAGGCAGCUUCUACUCCUCCAUCCCAACUAUCCAAUGGGAACCCCAGCCAGGCAGUGUUGGAAUUCGCCCAGUACUUAGACUCUCUAUUCAGACUGGACGGCAGCAGCUCGCCACCACUGGAGCUGUCUGAUGGGGAGUCAGAGUCAGGCCGGGGCUCUUGUGGGCAGGAGGAUUGCUUGGGAGAAGGACAGCAAUUGGAUGACAAACAACUUCUGGCCAGAGCAACACUGGAGCCCAACCUAGUCCCCAAGCCCCCACGCACAUUUGCUGGAUCUGCUGACCCCUCUUCUGGCAUCUCUUUGUCACCUUCCUUCCCUCUCUCGUCGUCUGAGGAGCUCAACGAUCUCUCCCCUGGUGAGGGUGCCCCACCUGCCAUACACUCCCGACGAACAUCUACCCCUUGUCACUGUCCUGAAGAGAACACAGUAUCAUCUAUGGUGUAGUGGGCUCCCAAGACUUCCAUUGUUCUAAACUGGAAGGCGCAGUCAUCCAAAAUUUUAAAACAUAUCACAGUACAUGCAUGCGAUGGAAUGCAGUCACUUAUCAGAGAUCCAAUGACAGAACUUGACUGACCAACUUUUCCAUUCUUCAGGUGUCCCCUUUGAACGCUGUUUAUAGCAUUUUCACACUAUUGCAAUGACUGAAUAAAAGAUACCUCUCUCUGCAUGCCAGGGGGCUGUGCUGCUUUCGGGUGAAAAGAAAAAACUGUAGCUUCACAAUGCCAUUCCAAAACAAUGUUGUCUCACCUACGUAGAGACGCCUCAGCAUUACAUCUGUUCCCCGACGUAACAAAAUUAAAGGGAGAAUAGUUAACUGAGCAGGGAUUCAAAAACGUAACACUGUAGAAUGAGGUUAGCAUAGGCACAUCAUCUGGGUUGAUGUACUGUACAACUUCCUGCACCCGCAGCAGCUCUGGAAUUUUUUGUCCAACUUUGAUUUCAUUUUAUUUUUUAAUCAGGAAUGUGAAGACGAACAUAUUCGUAGAUCAAUAGAAAUGAGAAAACUUUACGAAAUGUUCCUCGGGUCUAUCCAGAAUAGACUUCGAGAAAGAGAGUAAGUGUGUUUCAUUGGUGAGAAUUCAUGUGUCUUAAAAAUGUAGUGAUUGUGACAAAGUUAUUACAGAUGCCUAUGGAUGUUUUUAAGUCUUUUGGUUACUCUUUAUAGUGCAUGAAGAAGUUUUUUUUCUUUAUUUUUAAAGAGAAAUUGUCACUAAGCCACAUUUGGAUACUCUUGCACACAUCAUAUUGCUCAAUCCCCCUCUCCCCCGUUGCCAAAAAAUUUAAUACACUGUAUUGCCAAAUGUAUUUAUGAGAUGUAAUUUUGUAUAUGUAUAUGGAUAUUGCUUUAUUUAAACACAACAGUACCAAGCUACAAUCAUUAUCUCCUUUCCUAAUCAUUCUGUCGGUUCCCAUGUAGACUGUUACACAGCAAUGCCACAGAAAAGAUGCCAUCCUGAUCUAAAAACACUGCCAUGGUGUCCAAAACAUGAACUCUGUACCGUGGGUGUGAACCAGUCCUAGUGUCAACAUCUAGGCCACAAUAAUGAACUUGCUAAUAGCUGUCAUAAUCUACUAUACCUUUUCUCUUUGGAGAGCUCUUAGCAAUGUGCCCUCCUCAGGGUCUGCAUGCUUUAUGCAUUUCAGAGUAGCAUGGCUGAUAUAGAACAAGUCAUCAUGUCAUUAUGAUAAGCUGUAAAGAUACCAUUAAAUAACCAGGUCUCCAUACAGGACCAAACUGUGUAUCCUAAAAGUGUCCCAGGAUAUCAUUUCUCUUGUUCUCAAGGUGCUCUGAGUCAUAUUGGAUGUCAAGGUGUUUGCUUCCCUUUAAUCUGGUUCAUCUCAAACACCAUCGAGGUCAGACUGAAUGAAUAAAUGGGCUCGAGCAUUAUGUGUGCCAAUUCUAAAUACGUGGCAUACAAUCUUCCAUAUCACUCGGGUGUAACAGGUGGCUCAUACUUUUCAUUAUUUAUUACUGUUAAUGUUGUUACAACUUUUAUUGCUAUAUUUGAUGGUAUUAUUAUCCUUAUUUCUCUUGCAACAGAUUGGCUUGAUGUCAGUGGUUUUUAUCUCAGUUGUUGGGACAGUACAGUGCGGGAAACUUUUUAGACUUUCCCAAUGUAAGGAGUUAUAUAUUUCAGCUUUUUUUCUGUCCAAGUGGAAACGUAUAUGACAUUCUGCCAUGGCAUGGUGACAAUAUGCUCUUUUUACAAAUGUUUCAUAGUGGUGAGACAUGCUGCAGAGUGACAGCCUGCUCACAGUGACCUUUGGUGCAGUGCCAGUGACAAGCCUGGAUCUGCACAGUUACUCUAUUUGGAGCCAGAUUUGCUGUGGUUACUCACAGCAGACGGCUCUAGCCAGUUAACAGUCUGACACUACUCAAAUCAUGCUGCCAGUCCCAGUAGUCUCACACAAGAUACAGUAAAGUUGAGCCAGCAAUUUCCUGCAUUCAGUAGCUUUGCUUGCAACCGGUCGAACACUUAAACUCCAGAAAAAAAGCACUACAAUACUUUUCACCAUGAUGUGUACAGCACCAUCCUCUAUGUGUAAUUAUUUAUGCAGAUGUCUAAAAAAAGAUUGAAUUCCAAUAGAGUUGUGUAGAAAACAAUAUAUAUAAAUAAAGAAAAAAAUUACUAUAUUAAAAGAUAUCACUAUUGACAUAUAGAAAAAAAAUAUUUCAUCUGAAAGUUAUUUAUUCAAAUAUUGGCAGAUUUACAAAUUGGUCUAUAUUGAAAGAGGAAUAAUUCAACUGUCUUGUCCAUGUUUACCUGGUUUGCUUCCCUCCUUUCCUCCCCCACAAUGAGAAUGUAUUUAAUCCCUCCCCCUUCCUGCCCUGCCUGUAAUGGAAUA